CAGAUUAAAUGUAAGAAGUAUACUUGCAAGCCCGUUCGAUCCUGUAUUUACAGCAUUGGUAGCCGUACACGGAUUCAGCUCAACGUAAGUAAACCCUUUUUUUCGUACAAACGCUUAAUAGUUUCAUCAUUUUAGACGUGUAAUUAUAAUAGAGCAGAACUGGAAGUUCAAGAAAAUUUCCUUUCAAGAUAUUUAACCGACUCAUGGAAGAAAUUUGAGUAAAUAAAAAAAUAUUUAAAAGGUACGGUUUGCCAAAAGCUUUUCACGAAACCUGUUCUCAAACUUAUCCCAUUUUAAUGAAAGACAAUUCCAAGGAUUUGGAGACGAGUAGGCUUCAAAUAUGAAGGAUGAAUUUAAACUCUGAUUCUUCUCGCCAUUGUGUUGCUCAUAGCCAAAAGUCAGGUACUAAAAGUUUACUGGGUCUUGCUUUCACUAUUUUCGUAAACAAUUUUGAUAAAUCUUUCUUACAUUUUCUCCCAAACGGUUCAUUUUGUUGAAAGCCUUUUUUUCCUACAUAAAAAGUCUUUUGUUUACGAAAUGUUUGACUAAUGCUUGAAAUGGGUUCCUUACUGAAAAAGCACUGACAACAGUAGUCUUUCCAUCAUAUUCGCGAUAGAUUCAACUUGAAGUCAAUUUGUUCCCUAAUUCAACAUUAUCCGUCUGAUAUGGUGUGGUUGAAUGUUUGCUGUAAAACGACAGACUUUUUAGGAGUUAACUUUCGAUAGAUUUAUUCUUUUCACUCUCGCUGACUUUGAUUUGAACGAAUAUUUUGGCCUUUUAACGUUCGUGUUUUUCCAGUUUGUUUUCUUAGUGUGUAUGUGAACGUAAUUACUAAUUACAAAUGACUUAUCUUACUCUGUGUCAAUAACAUUAAGUUAUUUUCCUGUGUGAUGCAAAUGUAGUUCAGUUCCUGAAGAGCAACAAGAAAACGCUAUAUUUUUGUGAGAUAUAUGCUCCAAUGCUUAGAUAUCCUUUAAGAUCUCACUUCUUACUGGGUCGUGUUGUUACAUUAACUGAUCCUUCAUACGUGCGAUCAUGAAUAAGGCUUUCUACGGGUAGCUUAUAAACCGACCAGGCUUGUGGUAAUUGAACGAGUACGCAUUAAUCACCUUUUUUCCAGUUGUGCAUAAUAUCAUAAAUUAUCAGCAUGAAAUUACGUCACCACCGGUUGCACUGAGUACAUGGCGCACAAUUAAAAUCUUUCCAGGAUUUCUUUUAAUUGAAAAAAUGUAAUGUGACAAGAAAUAAGCCUUUCGUCUGCACUUAUAAUGCCGUCCUAAAUGUGAAACUGAAUACGCUUUCGAUUUCAGGGAAAGGUUGUCACCACGGAAUUGAAGCAAUUGAAGUUGAAUUUUAAGGAAAUUUUAUUCUUUAGGUAUAUACAUGAGUCAAAAAUUUUGAAGAGAUUUUAUCAUUGUUUGAGACCCAAAUCUACCCAGUGGAAGAUAUUGAGCCACAACUCUUUCGAACUGAGUUUCUACGAAUAAGUCAUUUUAAAUGUUUAUAAUUGUCGUUAAUUAUUCCUUUAGGACGGGCCAUGUAAUUAGUAAUUGUUUAUCACUAAGACUAUACAAACACCAGCUCAUUGUUUCCAGUACCACUGUUAUGGGAUCAUAAUAAUAUGGAAAAUUUUGAAACUGCUCAUAUCAAAAUUACGAAAUUAUCCAUCUAAACAUGAAAUCGCCUCAAGUGGAGCUCUAGGUCGUCGUAUUUCUUGUAGCAUUAAAACUGCUAUGUUGAUCUUAUGCCUUACCGCGGCGAUAAAACAAAAUAGUCAGGGUAACUGUAAUUAAGUUGGACUGAAGAUAACUUUGGAAUUGCAAAUAAUAUUAAAAGCUGGCAAAUAUGAUUGGAAGUUUGCUUUAAAUAAUUAAAAACAACCGCUCAGCUAAGUUUUGGCAGAGAUUGACAUUUUUGAAGGUCAGAACCAGGUUCUUAUUUGAUCAAACAGCGUUUCGAAACAUUAGUGAGUCUUCGUUUCUAAUACUGAUCUGACAGUGUUCGUGACAAGAUCUAUAUAUCUUUGAUAACACAGUAAGCUGAGUGAGGUUCUUGAAGAAAAGGUCCUCUUCAAAAUAGCGAGUUAUGACAAAGAAUCGCUCAGAGAGGUAAGCUUAUACACGACAAACGUUUUCCUUCAGUUCAUUCGUCAAAAAAAACGAGAAUUGAAAAUCAUUUUCAUUUCAUUUCAUUUUCAUCAGUUACAACACUGAGUAACUAUUUAAUCUUCCAAGAAAGUGAGUAACGCGCAGUUCUUUUCAGUCGCAGAUUUCACAAGUCUAAGUUUUGGAAGGACGGGAUGUUUCUUUAUUUAUUUUCGAAAAAAGUCAUAAUGAUCUAAGGAAAGAUAAGUUGCACAGGAAAUAUGAAAAUUCGUAACCAUAGUAAACAAAUCAAAAAAUUUCAGAUGAUUUUGAGUGCUACAAUUUCAUAUAAACAAAUCUAAAACUGAUAAGGACUGGAAGAUAAAGCAAGGCAUUGAAAUAGGGAUGGCGUGAUAGGUGUUAUUUGAAAGAGCAUAUUAAUUAUUUUAGAGUUUUUCUGCAUACAUUGCCUGAAGUAUGUUUCAAGACACUUGGCAUAAAUAAGGAGAGGAAAUUACUUUUUGUACACCUGCUGGCAAAGAAGGAUUGCAAUUAUGCAUCUUUACAGUUACAUACUUCUCAGUUAAAUUUAGAAACCUGGAAAUAUGUUCAAUUAAAUGUUCUCAGCAAAGAUUAAUCUCCGAAGUACAACCUGUGAAUAAUCAUGCCGAACUCCGGUUAAGGAGAUUCUUUACAUCCGAUCGAACUUCUGCCUUUCUGCCAACGGCAUUCCCAUACCUGUCCCCUCUUCCGAGCUUUUAAUUGAUGGCAGCGAGUUGCGUCAUAAGCACAAUCCCCUUUAAUUUAAUCUAGGGGUUUCCCCGGUUGCACCGAGUGAAAAUAGAUGGAAGCUUAAGGGUAAAUUUCAUUUGGUUCGAUGCUACCCACGCGCUGAUAAUCUUCUUGAAAUUUUAUGCAAUUCUGGUCUGUAUUGUUUCCUAAUUAAACAGUGAGAAUCCAUAAGGUACAAAAAUAAAUUUGAAUCAGUUCUCCUCUGCCUGUGGGCUAUUAACAAUGGUCCUGGUGAUUCAAGUAAACAUUGUAAUCGACAUUAGUUUGUGGGUGAAAACUGAUAGUCGUCAAAGGAAGGGACUCGGAAUUAAACUGAAUUACACCUAUACACAUUCAAUAAUCAACUUCGUAAUCAGGCAGUGGAAGAAUUUACCUCAAAUUGUGGGUGAGUCUUUUGAGGCUGCUUUUAUCAAGAGGAAAGUCUAGCCCAGAGAAUGAAAUAAUAUAAAACCAGUCUAACUGAUAUAGGUUCUGUGUUUACCGAAUUUGGCAUGUUCUCAUAAAUCCAUGCAAGUCCUUCUGAACAUAGUGAUAAAAAGGAAGUUCUAAACGAUAAGAAAAUAAGCAGAGUAACAAUAAUUCUUAUAAAAGAAACAAAAGUUUUCAGAUUUCAAAACAUGCUUUGGCAUUACCAGUGUCAUCUUCAGUUUCAAAUGGUCGUUGCGCAAUUUGAAUUUACACUUCACAAAUUUCUAAAUCCUCAUUCAUUAUCCAGACAGUAGGUCCUCCUAAUAGAAUUCAUGAAAUAUUUCAAUCAGCUAUCAAGUGUUGAUCAUUCUGCGAAGAAGUACUUUUAAUUCAAUGGUUUCUCUUUGCGGCAUAACAUUCGACUUUUCUGGGGAAGAUUUGUAAGUUCGAGAUCAAAGGAAAAAGUAAAAGAUAACUGGAUUAAAACUUUUACGACAAUUUGACGUAUUAUGCCCACACCUACAAAACGUUCCUCAUUACCAUUCGAAAUACUUUAUUUCCAUCCUUUUCGUUCACCGUGAGCCCACUACUUGAUCCGUAAAUAACUGCUCACAAAUAAAGAUCUGCUCAUGCGCAAUAUGACAGUGUUUUGUGGAAAAUAAGUUAGUUUUGUGAAAGCUAAAGGUAGAUCACUUCCUAAGAUGUGAAAGAGAGAUUUCCGGAAUAAAUUUUGAAAAACAAAAAAACCAUGCAAACCUAGUAAUUGACUAAAAACUUUUAGAAGGGAGCUAUUUCCAUUCAUCCACAAGCUCUUAAAAGUGUCCUUAGAAUUCUUGAUAAAAUAUACCGCUCGUCUUUCUUCGUAAUUUCAGAGGGCGACAUAUCAUCUCCGCCUCAAUAAAAGGGAGAAAAAUAAAAAAGUGUUGCUGAAACUCAUAGCAACCGGCAGAAACAUAAAGCCGACAAAGUAGUGCAUAAUUAUUAUUAAGUUAAACGUUUUCAUCUACUUUUUUACUCGGUGAAACAGAAACAGAAAUAUUAGUGCUUUCUGUAGAACUCCUGUCAGCUAGUCGUAAAAAUUCUGGUGAAGAACAUCAUUAUGUAAAAGAAAAAUCCAGAGGUGAGUUUUCAUCUGUUGCAUGCUCUGUUAGGUAUUGGCAAUGGUUUUAGAUGGUCUGUCUUAUUCAGGUUAGUUGCUGAGUAAUAUGAAACGUUUCCUUGAAAUACGCGAGAAUAUUUUUGGGAUAUGGCUUCACACUGAUGCAAUACGGUUGAUGCCUUGCGUAUCGCUAAAAAAAACAACUGAUUAUUUUAAAUUCAAACGCGAGCUUGAGAGCGUAAACGACGAGUAAGUAGGUCUUGUUUAUAUCUGUAAUGUUGCACUCAAAAGUCCUUCACAAACAUUGCGAAGCAACCAGGCAGUAUUGAGAAUCAAAACAGGGCGGAUCAUAUCAGAAAAGGAGGAAAUUUGCCAUAGGAGUUUGCUAAAGAUGCGCCAGCACGAUGUUAAAUUUCUUAAGUGCAGCGUAAACAUUUUAAAUAAUGAUUUGUAUAAACUUGCUUUUAUAUGGGUUGGACAACAAAUCGGUUAGUUAUCCAACAUCAUUUUCCUAUCUUGAUUUGAAUUCACGAGGGCAAGCGAAAGCUACGGGGCGUGAUUUGCAGCUCACUCGAUUGACCAUUGAUUAAACUUCAAGAGGUAAAUAAUUGUUGUAUUUAAUGUUUGAAAAGCUAAUUAACUGGCAUACAAAGUCGCUUCUCAGUUGCAGGUUUUCAGUGACACAUAUAUCUCAAGAAAGAUUUUCCACGUUUAUUAAACAACGUGAUUAUAGUAAGGUUCGUAACUUGAAAUAUAAUUCAAAGUUGAUAAAGCUAUAUUAAGCGGAUCCCUUUGUUUGCAUACUGUGCAAACAAUGCUGUUUCAAUUUCAAACGAUUUUUUUGUGAAAUUGUUAACUGAUAGAUGAAUAGAACCAAAGAGGUCAGUAAAUUACCGGACUUUCAAAUCACAAGCACGUUUUUCAACUGGGAAUCUCGUUAUUUACUUCAGGCCUCUCGCUGUCUUUCGUUUAAAUGUGUCACAAAGUGCUUUGCAUCAAUUAUAAGUGAGAAAAAAAGUCUGCCCACCUGCCAUGUGCUCGCACACUAUUGAACAUUACAGCGAAAUAAAUCUCAGCUAAAAUUUGACUUAACGCCGCGGAAUUAAAUCUAGCCUUGUGUUUCGAUAAACAAUACAUCCUUCAAUUUGCCAGAAAAAACAUUUGCGACGUACGACUGUAAUUUCUACAAUGCCGAGACUUCAUUGUGAGGCUGGUUAAGGUUUUAUAUGUGAAACGUGAUUGAGCCAAAAAAUAAUACGUGACGCGUGAAUUUACAGAUAGGCAAGGUAGGAGAUCCUUUUUGAAAACCAUAUUUAUAUGAAAAAGUCACCUCAAUGAAGAUUAUCAUUACAAUACGGGUGCGCUUUUCUACAGCAGUCACCGUGCAUGUGCCUUUAGCAUGUUCCGACAUUUUGAUUCGGCGGAGAGCUAAGACAAUGUCAACUGAAAAAGGCUAGCGAGUCAAUUUCAUUUUUCUUUCACUCUCCUGCCUCGCCUGCCUCGGCCUGUUGGUGAUAUUGAGGUGGCUGUUGUAGGAAGUUUUAAUAAGGAUACCAAGUAUGGGUCAGCGUGGUGCGAGAGAGAAAUCUGAGUCCAUUCUGGUCGUUGAAAAGAGAUGGCGGUGGCAGAUAGGACACCUCUUGUAGAGGGUAGGCUAAAUUUUAAUGAAAUCAAGGUCAUUUGAGUUCUAAUCAUCCUGGUGAUCAUUAUCAUGCUCUAUAAUACAACUUUCCACUUUAUCAGUUUCUCACACUGCGUCAUUAAACCUCUUUUGUUUUCUUGUGCUAACUCAAAAUGGUGUUGAUCAUCCAUAUGUAAAUACAGCUGCUUCGUGUUAUCACGUAUUUAAGCGGCGUUGACAGGGUAAUGUGUUUUACAUCGCCAACUAUAUAAGAAGGUUGGAUUAAAGAUUUAGGCAUUGCAGUUGGCUAUGUCGCCAUAUCAUGAUGCACUAUGAUCAUAAAUCAACGCAUUCUAAUAGAGGAUAAUAGGGGAAUAACAACAGAGGAAGACCAGCACCAUACUUGACGAAAGAUAAGCGACAGAAACGGCGGUGAAAAGGCUACAAGCGGUAGUGCUACUUAAAACGAUCUUAUGAGUAUGGCUGCUAAAGAAACAAAACGGUGGGCGAGAAUGGUGUUUCCUCCCCGGUCAUACAGGUAAUUGAAAGCGCAACUUUGAUCUGAUACAAAGGAAAAGCCCUUAAUAUUUACUGUUCAAAACGGCUCUUACAUCUUGAAGUUCGUGGUCAAGUUUGUUGUGGAGCCAACAAGAGAUAUAUGAAACGUUGAUUUUAGCAGAAAUUUACCAUUAUGUGAUUUAAAGUAAAUACCGAACUUAAUGACUAUGCAGAUCGUAGUAUGACAACAUGCGUAAUGUGACGAUAAAAUGACAAACUUCUUUACGUAAGUGCCGAAUUUACCGGAAGGAUAUCAAUCAAGUUACAAAUGGAUUUUUACAUGAGUUGUGGCCAUAAGCAAAGUAACGACAUUUUCCUGAUAAAAUUUAAUCCAACCGAUGUUGUUGGAAAAUUUUUGGUCAGCUGAAUCAUCAUAUUAUGCAACGAAUAUAGCGAAGCAGUGGUUUAAAGGAAAGAUACUAUGGUUUUAUACGCAGCCUAUUUAUUUUCCUUCAAAAAUGUAUCUUUAACGGAGUGCACUGAAAGUUUAAAGCCACACCGUCUUAAGUCUGGGAGCUUAGUAUUAAAAUGUAUAAUGAAGUAAAGCUUUGACUUGGCAACAUUUGAAAUACCGCUAGCUAAUACAGGUGUACGGUAUUCUCAUAGCUUUUUAGUGAUAAACUUUUGCUCUCUUUCGUUCGGACGCAUUUUUUUAAUCCCGAUUAUCUCAAUUACAUUAUCAUAAAUCGUUUUAUGAUAAAAUUUCUCACUUUCUGAAAGGAUAAUUAAAGGCCGGAGCUAUCAGUCAUGAUUUCAUUGCAUCCUCCAGCUUUUUAAAGAAAAGUUUUCCAGUGUGGAUAACAAUUCUGUUCAAUCAACUUACAAAGAAUGGUGACUGAUCGUGGGUACACUUAUUUGAAUAUGAAUAUCAAGUUAUGUGGACUUUUCACACGGCUUAAUGACGCCUGUGUUGUUGACAUAAGCACAACUAAUAAAACCGAAUGUGUAAAUGUGACGUGAGACCGAGGAAACCGAAACAAACCUGAGAAAUUUUACUCAUCUAAAGUUGAAGUUGGAUUUUCAAUCUUCUUGAAAAUUAUUGCAAUUCAAUAUAAAAGCUGGAUGUCUGUUCCUCUGCUCUUCCCAAGUUUUCAUUUACGUACACGGUACUAAAUCCUUACCUAAUCGUUAAAUUUAAGUCGACUCUUUGAGUUCUAGACUCUGUCAUAGUCUUUAAACAAAUUUUUUAAAGUUCGUUUGAUCUGCACAAGGUCUUGACGAACGCACGUGCUCUCUGCUCAACGAGACUAUUAAUUAUUUCGCUGCUGUACUUAAACAAAUACAUUUCAUUUUUUCGUUUGCCUGUCAAGAUUUUAGAUGAGAAAUGAUGUGAAAAACUUGGUUUCACGACCUGCGAUGGAUUGUAUCCGAUUUUCAUGCCAUACCAGUUUCAGCGUCAUCUAUAACCUGUCUCUGUAAAGACACACGACAAGAUGUACUCUACCGCACACGCUCCAAUAAAUCCUUCUCUCUGUUUAGCCCCCUUCCGAGAACUUCGAAGCAAUCAUAGCGCGAUCAGUUCUCAUCUCAUUGUUUACCAUCUAAUGGUGCUUUUCUUUCAGCACGGAGCUAACAUCUGCAACAUCAAGAGUAUCCUCUCCCGCGGACCCCUGGAAAGUGAACGCUGAGAUAAACUCAAGUCAAGCUGACCUCAUAAUGACAAAAAACAAACGAUCUCUUAGAGAGUUACUCUACGAAUUUGCAGAUGGAACCAGUGCCCAUGGUGUGGGCAAGAUAGGUUCGACCGCGAAAGCCAAAUCUUGGUUUUGGUGUGGUUUUUGGGUUGUGGUGACUCUGACUUGUGCAGGUAUGGUGAUAUCUCAAGGGAUUUUGUUAUUGGAAACAUAUCUCGACAAACCAACGAAGUCUGAUAUUGACGUCACGUACGUGAGGGUGAGUCAUGCGGACGUUGUUUUGCUUACUUUUGAUGUUACUGGGUUUUUUGUAUUGUAAUAGAUAUUGUCUAUUUAAAUCUAUUUACUCAUUUAUUUGAUUUGCGAAUCGGGAACGUGUAGUAGUUGUGAGUUGUGGGCUAAUUAUUUGUAAAAAGUGAUACAGAUAUCUCAGAGAAAGGCUGCGCGAAAUUUAUACCGUGGAACAAAAAACUAGAAAAGAAAAAUAACAUAUCGUUCCCUCUUCCCAUAUUGCAAUUGCCAGUGUCUGAUAUUUCAGUAAUGUUUUAGUGGCGAUCAAGUUAUGUAAGUAUCAGAGCCAAAAUCGGAAACAGGAUAAAAAAAGAGAGGAAGGAUAUCAAAUCUAUGACCUUCCCAUUGCUACCAAGGUUGCUCUACCCGAACACUGACUGAUUCUUCAACUCCCAAGAGUGACCAAGACAGCAUUUCUUGUUACAACAUCAAUACGCUGUCAAGCAGAUAAGUGACGAGAACACAGAGAAAAAUAUCAAUUAGAGGGUUUUUAGAUGAUCCAAUACCGAUUUUCUGAGGUAACAACAUAAGAAUUGCACAGCAGACAGUGAGGAAAAUUGCUAUGAGAUCUUAGGGGCGAAAAAGUCAAACAAGGUUAAGGUGUAGAUUUUCAUUAAAGGUCAAUUCUAUCCCCUAAACCAAGAUUGUCUGUAUUACACCUAAUAAUCAGUUUUUAUCAUCCCUCUAUUCUUUUACAGACAGUUCAAUUUCCUGCAGUGACCAUAUGUAACCUUAACAUUAUAAGGAGAUCCAAAAUUCGUUCCUUUGGGGACGCAGAAGCAAUCGUGAGCACUUUUGACAAAUUUAUGGAGCGAGAACCGCCAAAAGACGGACAUGAACACGAUAAGGAAGGUGCAGCAGCUAAUCAGUCGAGUUCCGGCAGUUCAUCAACCUCAUUCGGUCCUCCGGACAGACAAAAAGAAGCCAUGAAGGAAUCUUUAAAGAUUGACGAUUCAAAUGCCGAGGAACACAUGAGAUUGAGCAAUGUUACGGUCGACGAACAAGCCUACGCUGAAUAUCUGAUUCUAAGCACGUUAGCCAAGCAAAACAUAAGCGAUUUGAUGGAUGCGGGACAUGAAUUUAAUGAAUUGGUGUUUCGUUGUAAUUGGAAAGACUUUUCGUGUAAAGAUGGGUAAGUAGAAGCUACAGAAACUUCACAACCAUUUUGAAAAGAAGCAAAGGAUGAAUUUGUUUUUGUGUUAACAUGAUGAGAGAUAUCAGGGAAAAGAAAUAUCGUCUGCCGCCAUAGGUAGAUAAAUCUUAAACUUCCCGAUAAGUACAUCGGAUACUCUUACAAUGGGUUUAUAUCGAAAGGCAUUGUGGAAUACGAAAAGGCCCAACUAUACAGUACUUGAAUUAUACACCGUAAACUCUCUCAUACGCCCCGGCAGAGUUAGGAGGGAGGUGGGAGGGGGAAGUGACGGGGGAGGGGGGGGAAGUGUGGGCAGACUAACCUCAAUAGCUCCCCAAAGGAGGGCUUAUUGAAGAGAGAGAGAGAUUUGGAAUGGCGUUCAAAACUUUCUGAGAAACAGAAUGUGAGUCCGCAACUCUUUCCUCUGUAGAAUUUGUUAUGGUACUAAUAAAUAAUUGAUCUUUAAUUCCUUUCCAUCGAUAUGGUCUACUCAAAUCAGUUGUGAGGUAUAUUGAUAAAACAUAACAAGAGAACUAUAAUAAAGGGUUAUUGAUACCUUUCGUGGAAACUUGAACGUGACCAGACCAAUAGAAGUACGUCUUUUGUUUUUGCAUGACAGGACGGAAAACGCGUGCACUGUAAGUACCUCCCGUUGUCCCAUACAAAGCCUUAGAAAACUUUUCUAAGGCUUUGUAUGGGCUUUUUUUCUGGAGUAUCUGGUAGCGCUCCAGGUUGCUUCAAUAUGCUUACCGCAAGGCGUCAUAAUCUCGUCACUUUGUGACAGAAAUGUCGUUUAACUGAAAGUGAACCAGAACACCAACAGACCUAUACAUGUCUCAAUUUUCCGAUGAGGGAAUGUUAGGCAUCAGUGACACGUCAUCGCUUGUCAAACUUUGUCAGUAAACAUGACUUCCACUUACGUAAUUGGCACAGGAUAUACUACUACCGAUGAGGGAAUAAUAAAUAAAUCUGAUCAGAAGUCUGUGACAGGUCGGGUGAUAUUGAAACGCGUGGAAAAUGCAUUUUACAUUUAAAAAACUUUAUACUUGGAGGAUUUCAACUUUUUUUUUUCUGGUAGUCCUUGCAUAAACCUUGUACCCUGUUUCAUCCACAUUAAUUCUUCGUAGUUGUACAUUCACUGCGAACAAAGCUUUCCGGUUAAUUUUUAUCGUUUUAUCGCGUUGAGAUAGGCCGCUGUCCACUAGAAUUUUCUACAACAUUAUAUCAGUAUGGAAACGCGGGCACAAACUCAGCCACAGGGAAUCGAGUACCGAAGACGAUCGCCAACAAAAAGCGCGCGCUUUGGCGCGUGCUUGGCAAAGUAAUCAUGCCACGACGAUCUCGGGAAAGUACAAUCGAAAAAAAACCCAGCAUGCGAAAUCAAAGGAGGAAACGUGAACGAUUGUCAAGGACAGCUAGGGAAAGGGAGAACAGAGAAAUGAGAACACAAAAGGAAAGAGAUGCAUAUUCUUGGCGCGAAUGUAUUAUAGCAAAUGGAAAGCAUUAGUCGAACAGAAUAAAAAGACCCUGGACAAAACCAAGGUAGGUACUCGGUUAGCGUCAAAAUAGAAUAAAAUAGAUAUCAGAAAAUGAGCAGUUGGUUACAAAAAACGAUAUCACCGAACUGACGCUGAACGUAAUCAAACUAGCAUUGUCUUGCAUUGUACAAAACGUCCUGGGGUUGACUUCAACAUUAACUCAUAGGGGGAGGGGAGAGUGUAGCCCUCAAAAUUCUUCUCCUUUUUAUGAUGAAAUGAAAAAAAAACUACAAUCAUUUUCGUAAAAUAAGGCAAGGAAUCCGAAAUUGCCUCAUUCUGAAAUGAUUUAGCGGGAAUUCAUUCAUUUCUGUUUGCCAAGCAGACUUUCGUCUGAAAAGGUCAGUCAUUGAGCUUUGAGCAUUUUCCCUUCCAUCUUGCCAUGUAGUGUUGAUCUUGCCCUACCAAGGUUACCACGGAUCAAAAAAUGGCCAGGGAUAGAAAUUUCAAGGUCAGGGAAAAGUCAGGGAAAUUAAAGUUUUUACACCACUGAGUUUCAUACCAUGCUGGAAGAAAUAUUUCAGAUGAUCUCAGCAAUGUUUUAAUGAAGAAGAGGAGACUGGACAUUUUGUAUCCAUUUCAUCAGGGAAAUUUUAUUUUUAUCAUGGAUAGGUCAGUACCUUAAUAGUCAGGGAAUCUUGGAAAGUUCUGUUUGUAUUAUAUGAAAGGGAUAAAGUUUAUCAAUAAAUCUAUUAACAUAGGAAUUACAAUUUCCUCGAUUGUGAUUAGUUUUAAAAACUCCUAUUUUCCACUAAUUUACUUGCCAAGUUGUUGUUGGACAGUUCAAUAAGCCAAAUACAUUCAAAGUUGUAGUUUAAGUCAACCAAUCACAUUCAAAGUUGUGGUUUAAAUCAAUCAAUCACAACCUUGGUUUCAAUCACCAUAGAAACAGUGUACAGAUUCCUAAAUUGGGGCUUUCUUUAAAACAGAGAAUUGGUUUCCCUUGAGCAAUGACAAUAUUUAAGUGUUCUUUUUAAUUUGGAAAUUGUAAUUUUUAUGAUUAAUUGGUAAAAGGACUUUGUGUCAUUCGUUUCAGUCUGUAAUCACACUCGUGAUAGACAAAUUGUACUUCCACUAUGCAGUCGUCUGAUUUUGUUAUCACUCAUAUGAUUACAGACCAAAGACUACUCAGUCCUAUUACCACUUAUUACACAAUCUAGCAUGUGAAUCUUAUUAAGCUGACCAGCUUCACUUUUCCUCUGUUUAUUACUUUAUUCCAGAUUAGAGACAGGAAUACAAAAUCAGGACCACCCAGUAGCAAAUUUGCCACUGUUAAUUUAAUUGAUCCAUCUGAGCUUCAACCAAUCAGUGAAAAGGAAUUAAUACUAGGACAGGGUUCAUAUGGCCGGUGCAUUUUAAAAUCUUUCAAAAGAUUAAACGUUCUUGUGGUAGAAAAGCAAUGUCUGAUGCAAAGCACUAAAGAGAUGGUAAAGGAGGCACAAAUCAUGUAGACUCUCACACACAAAAACAUUCCUGCAAUAAUAGGAAUCCAGCUUGAAAGAGAGCCUAUAUCUCUAGUGAUGGAGUUCAAAGCGGAAGAAAAUACAUCCGCAACAGUCAGUAAACUAUUGUAUUGCAAAGAAUCCAAUGGUAUAUUAGAGAAAGUUAACAGUUCACUGACAAGCAAAGACUGGCUGAUCAUUUGUCAUGAUAUCACAGAUGCUCUAGCUCACAUUCACUUCAAAGGCUUUCUUCAUUGUGGUCUCAAAUCAAACAAUGUUAAUAUGUAAUCCAAGAUGGUGGCUCUGGGUCCCAGAACCUAACUUCUGAAGUUUGGUUUUAUAUGAGACAGGCAGAGUGAAACAAAGAACAUGAUUUUUACAGAUUAUGUGUAAUACCCAAAUGUUAUGAACUGCUGAAAUUGGCAAUAUUCUUUCAGUUAUCUAAGGUGCUAUUUAUGACGAAUUAUGUUAUUAUUAUGCUAUUUAUGUCAAACAAAAAGAAAACUGCAUGUAGGCUGCUGGUGGAAACCCUCUGUAUUAGUCUGCCCUCUUCCACAUUUAGCAGUGGGAUUAGGGAAAGUCACACCACAGUAAAUUAAAAAAAAAAAAAAAAUUUAUCACAAAAACAGUUCCAGCAGCACAGAAAGGCCACAAUGUUGGAUGGAUGGCCAGGUAUACAAUUGGAAAAUAAAUUGCAAAAUGUGUACCAGCAUGUUUGUGUUAAUCCCAUAUUAUGAAGUAGGAGUUGUUUUCAGUAACUCAGAGUCAAAUUUUAUGGUAUAGUUUUCUGUAAUAAUAACUAGUUAUCAUCAUAUUGGCUUUCCAUUGUUAGACAUUAAUGCCAAUUUCUUGACCAAUUGGAAGUAAAACCAAGUAUAACUUGUUUACAUAUCUAAAAGUAAAUAAACAAAGUUAAAACUGGGUGGGUUGCCUUGAGAACCCAUCUGUUCUGGUGUGUUGUUUUCUGAGUUCUUAGAAAUAAGUGCACACUAUCUUAACUCUGGUGUAAUUUUGAAUAUCAGAACCCUGAAGAAUAGCUCUUACUAACAGACCUGGUGCAUGACACAGUAGUUUGGGUGUGUUUCUAUCUGACCAAAUGAUAGGCUUUGACCUGUUUUGAGACUUAUCCGUGUCAAUGGUACUGUCCAUCUAGUGUGUAAACAUAGUACUUUUAAAUGAAUUCAGUAGACUUAUUCAUUUGAUCAUUAUCAUCUGCCACACAACUGUGUUCCCUAUUACAUUAGUGUUCACUGUGAGAUCUAGAAUGACAUAAAUGUAGGCAAAAAUGGUAUAAUAAAUUAUUUGAGCCUAAGCCUUCUUGUAGUUGAAAUAUUGGGAAAGAAAGGAAGAAGAAAAUAAUCAAGAAUAUAGAAUUAGGCAUAUGCAAGAUAACAUUCUGUUUCCAUUGUUACUUUAGCACAUCAGUAUUCCUGUUGUGAAGAUGUCACAUCUUUUAUCAACAGGACUGCCAAGAUGACUCAUCUUUUUGCCAGUUUCUGUUUGCUAUUGUAACAAUAACUCUUGCAGUCCACUGGCAAAGGCCAAAAAUUAACUUAGGAAUAAAACAAGGAUGCUGUGGCUCAAAAAACUUUGUAUUAGGACACUGCCAGCUUGAACCUAGGAGUCAGCAUUUAGGCUUUGAGUUUAAGCAGAGACUUUUCCCUUUUUCUAAAAUUUAUGAUCUAUUUGCAAGCAUUUUCACAAGCCAAAGCCAAAGCCUUCUCUUAAAAUUAAUGAUUGAAAAACCAAGGUAUGUUAGUUAACAUUUUCUUUCAAUUAUUAAGUUUCAUUGUGGCAACUUCACCUUCACCUAACUUCUUCGCGCCAAGUGGCACAGAAGGCCUCAUCCCUGAAACAUUUUUGUAUAUUCAUCUCUCAUCUCGUACCUAUCCUGUGUAUCCGUGUAUGUAAGCUAUGUUCGCGCUAAAAAUCUAAAGGUGGGAGGAUAACCGUAACUCCACUCACUCACCUCUACAAGUUAACAUUUCUCAUAGUACUAGUUCCUCUCAUAUUAAAUAAGUCGUGCUGAUUAGACAUGGUCGAAAUGUAAAUGGUAUUUUUGACAGAAUAAUUGAAGACAAGUACGCAUGCAUUAAGGGUGUCUGGCUCGAUAUUUCGAUACGCCCACGAAAUCAAUUGACCGUGAAGAUCUGAGAGAAAGCCGUUUACCAACAGGCUUCUGGAAAGCGCUUUUAGUUAUUCACCAUACGGGAUAGCUGCAUACCCACAAAUAUGUCGUAGAAAAGCCGGUUAAGACAACAGGACAACAUGCAAAAGAAUGGAGUCUUUUAUUAAGAUUAAAGAAUCAUAUUACGACAUUCAUAAAAUUAACCAGGACUCCAUUCACGAGCGAUGACACAUUGAUCUCUAUAGUUUGAAAGGUUAUGGAGUCGCAUUACAACACUAACCAGGACCCCAAUAACUAGCGAUGAUAAGUUGAUCCCCUACAGUUUGACAUGCUUUCACACAUUCCCAACAGACCCGGGGAAAUAACGCUGCAGGAGAUGAUACUUGCAGUAAAAGCCAUAUCCGUCCUCUCAUGGAUUGGUCGAGAGUCAGUCCUGCAAUCCUGACUGUAAAAGGAUAGGAUGGAUAAGAGAGAGCGAGAGAGGAGAAAGGAAACGGUUCUUUUAUUUGUUAUGCAUGUCAUGCCUUAUAUCGUCCCAAGUUCUUAUCCUCCCAACUUGUCUGAUUCUCUUGACACACAGCGAUUUCCUGAAGUACUGGAAACGAACGUGGAACUGGAGAUACGGAAACUGUUAUACAUUUAAUUCUGGUGCCACAAAGGAUGGUAAAAAGACUCCUGUAUUGACAAGCACAAAACCUGGACCACAAUAUGGUAAUGGCGUUAUCUGCUUUAUAGUAAAUUUACUGGAAGAAAUCGGUAAAUUAGUGCAAAUCCAGCUGACCACAUUCCCACAAGGAAGGUUUGAAAUUGAUUGACCAACUAAGCCUUCUAUUUUUUUUCCUGUCAGGUCUCACACUGGACUUAUUUGUGAAUCAGGGAGAGUAUAUUCCUAGCAUAAGCCAGGAGGCAGGGGCGCGUAUUCUACUGACUCCUCAGCGCAGCAUUCCCUUUCCUGUUGACGAGGGUUUCACUGUAUCUCCUGGAUUUUCAACUUCUAUUGGUUUAAGACAGGUUUGUGUUGCGUUGUAAACAUUAUUCCUAGUGUAAUUCUUUUUAAGUUACUUUAAGAUCAGACUGAUGUAUUCGUAGAGUUGAGGAGGAUCAAGUUAUAACCAUUCAUGCGCUACAAAGUUUGCAUCUUGGUGCAUGUCACAUUGUUUCCGUAAAACCAGAUCAAGAAGAACAAGAAGAAGAACAAAAUUUUAAAAGAUUCCUUUCGAAUAAGGCCUACAAAAAUAUCCAGUCUCACAGCUUCAUUUUCUCUUACUCCUAUUCAUUAUUAAACGUGUCGAUUUAUCUGCAAAUCUACAUUGGUUUUGCGUAAGCUAUAUCUCUUCUUCAACAGCUACAUAUCGUUAGAGUGGAUCCCUUUAAGAAUGACAGCUGCUAUGGCCAUGACACACUGGAAGAUUUUUCCGUUUACAAGCGUUUCAAAGGCUCAAAAUAUUCUGUGCAGGUUUGUCAAUUUACGAUUUGGUAUAGCUUAGGGACUAGGGAUUAUUUAUCGCCAGAAAGGGAGCGAUCACAUGGUUUUUAGGGGAAACAAAGGGGGGGUCAGUGGUUGCCAAACUGAAGAGUAAUAACGUGGGCAAUAUUAAAUUAGCUGCCUAUUAAUUACCAAUGAGGAGAUGGGGGAUCAUAAGAAUAUUUAUUACACCUAUUUUGAAAUCACUGGUGGUCCCUGUAAUCUGAUUGGCUCUAAUUGAUGUGAUUUAUUCACGAAUCGCACCAUUUUUUGCUUUAAAUCGCAUCUUUUCCCAACCAUGAGGAGGCUAAAAACAAAACAUACAAUCAUAUUUCAAGGCUUGUUUAAAGUAACCGAUCAAAUUGCAGAAAAAUAAAAGACAUAGAGUAUCAUGUGGCAAAUUUUGCAACUUUUGUUUCCAAAAGUCUUACUUUCCCCCCAAAAAAAAUGGAUGAACUUAAUUUCAGACCGGCUCAGUACUGCGUCAAUAAAAUAUUUGAACUGACCAAGUCUGUAUUUGUGCGAUUUCAAAAUGGAUGUAAUAAAGUGGUAAUCUAACCUCAUGUCGUGCAAUUUCGGUUUGAAAUCAUACUUGUGAUUUCAAAACGAACUCGCACUGUGCACUCAUUCCAUUUUGAAAUCACGCGUAUGAUUUCUGCCCAAAUUGCACUCCACUGAGUUCAAUUACUAUUAUUAAUCAGCCUUAUGGGGGAUCAGGUAAAUUAUAUCUUGACACAAUCAAGAUCCUCUGAACCCAUCCCCCUGCCAAGGAGGGAGGUUCGUAAGAUUAUUACUGGGCUUUAUGGACUUAUGGGGAGUCAGGUAAAUCUUAUGGUGACACGAUCAAAAUCCUCUCACCCCCCACCCUCCACCAAGCGACCAUUACCGACCGGUUCAUAUUUGUUUUCUGGAUUUAACUUUAAUAUAGUUCAUUUCCGUAGCAAAUAAAGACUGUUGGCAGACGAAAAUUCUUUGAAUUCUGAUAAAUCUCACAUGGAAUGAGGAGGAAGUUAUGAAAAAUUUAAGUUCAUUGCAUUAAAAAUAGACUGAGGCAAAAAAGCAUUCAAUUCGAAAAAAAAAUACUCUAAAAAUUGUAUAAGUAAAAUUGCAAUUUUUAAGUGUUGGAACUCCUGAAUUUACCAGAAUUGUGUUGCUUCAUGUUUUUACUUGGACAAACUAGCCAGAAAAAUCACAAAAUUUUAAAACAACAGAGCAAUUUCUCUUUUGUGUGAGCUGAAAUGUCAGAUUUAUUGUUCUUUUUGACUUUAUGUCUUUUAGGACAUAGAUUAAAAUUCUGGUCACAACAUAAAUAAAUACAAAAAUUGGAUUUGGUGUCGAUGUGAGUCUUAAUUUGUAACUAAAAUAGGAAUUCAUUGAGUCAUCUAUAAGCACGUUAUCAUCCAGUUCUGGAAAACACAAAAGCUGACGUAAAUUUGCUACUUUAAAUUCUCUUCUUAGGGUUGUAUGUAUUCGUGUCUGGCUGAGGCGCAGAAAGAUAAAUGCAAGUGCACUGAAGGAAAAUUCCCUGUGGGUGGAGAGAUAUGUUUGAAUGUUACUGAACGUAAGUUCUUUGUUUAUUUAGAGCUUGUCUUUAUUGAACACUUUAACACGCUGUUGGAAACCGGCGAAAUGAUGUUCUAUGAAAUUUUCAGAAAUGAAUAUGUUUUUAUUUACUGAGUGGGACGGCCAGACGGGAAAAUAUUUGUCUCGAAGUCAUGACGUACAUGACGUAGAUACUGAGUGCGGAGAGGUUCGUGCGUCAAGACCGAGAGCAAAAUAUUUCCGUGAUUGGCUCUAACAAACUCAUUCAAUGUAAGUUUCAACAUAUAUGACAAGUGAGUUUUUGAAAUAUUGACAUUUAAUUCUUCGAGUUGGAACAAGAAAUCUCAAUUAAUCGGUAACACAACCCAUUACCUCAUUUCUUUCUUUCUGAAGUUCAAGUUUACAAAUAGAAUUCACGUCCGUGGAAAAUGCGACAGAACUAUACAAAUGCGGCGGGACAGCUUUCUCCGUACCAGCCCUCUUGAGCCUGUCCAAUCCUUCAAACUUCACACUUCACACUUCAUAAUGGUUUUUUAUUAAAUUGCGUGAGCGCAGCCAUACGGGUCAUAUAAAAAAUGGUUCUACCUCUUCUUUGAUUUUUUCAGCCCUCAGUCUGAAUCGCAUUUUUGUAAACUUUCUUUUCGACUCAUAACAACAGUACUCUUAAGGUUUAUGACCAUAUUUCAUAUCGCAUUUGCUAACCAAACGUUCGCAUGCGCAAUUUGGUAGCCUUGAGUUUUAAAACCUUAACAAUGUCCUAUCAUAUCGUAAUAAACGAUUAAAUACUAAUAUAUUUUUGAUUCUCAUAACCAGUGCAAUGUGUUCACGAACAGCAAAAGAGAUAUGAUAAUGACGAACUUGGUUGUUCAAGACGGUGCCCUCAACCUUGCCAGUAUGUAUUUUUUUAUUACUCCGUAGAAUACAACUCGUCACAAUACAAAUGCGAAUUUUUCUCAAAUAAGCAUCCACAAACAAUAACUGCCUAGUUAAGUAAAUUAAUUUGUUUUUCAAACAGGCAAAUGAGUUUCAGGACGUCAAUGUCCAAUUCAGCGUGGGCUCAAAAUUACGAGGUAAGAUUGCUUACCCAUGUCAUCAAAAUAAUAAUUUGUAGGUUUUACCUGUAUCGGCCUUCAUGCUAACUUGCAAGCGAUUUAAACCACUGAACCGAUUGACGAUUUAAGUAGCAAAUACUUCCUUCAAUUAUUAAGAAAAAUACCAAAAUUCACCAUUUUUCAUUGUUAUUACACUUUACAGAAACAAGUUCAAGCAAUGAUGCGAAGAGAAGGCGACACCAAUUUCAAAAAUAUGGGAAACGACAAAGACACAUUACGGUAAUCUUAAGACCCCCCCCGGUCUGCACUCCCGCUUCCUCACACUCACCUAUAAAGAGAAAACCACAUCCAUUUUAAAGGUUAAUUUCUUCGUUUUAAUCUAAUCCGAUAUAUUCUUGAAUAUCCUGUAAUUGAAUGUGCUCUGUGAAUUUUUCUGAUGAUGAUGAUUUUUUGUUGUUGUACUAAAGCUUACAUUAUUAAUAUGGGAUAAACCUUUCCACCCUUUGUGUUGAAUACACUUUAAUCAAUGUAAAGUCAUUUUUGCGGUUAGAUAUUUUAAAUUUAAUGAGUAUCUUCGCUUUUGUUUAAUCUUUAAUCUCAGGCAAAAUUUCCUAAGAAUAAAGAUUUAUUUUGAGGAACUCAACAUGGAGAAAAUAACAUACUCCGAAUACUAUGCAGUAAGUGCAUUUAGUGAACUUGGUGUACAUGGUCCCAUGUUUUAUGUUUUCUUUUAUUUAUUCUGAGAUCUCGUGACUGAUGAAGGACUCUUUCAGCAAAUAAGAAUUCGUAGCAUGCAAAUUGAAAGAACCUUUGUUUUACUGAAGGGUAGGCAUGCCAUUGAACGAGUACUAUCAUGCUUCAUUAUGAGUGCUGCAAAUUGUAUGUAGACAUUACACGAUGGCAACUUUCGAGAAAUUCCUUGAAAAUCUUUAGAUCAUACAGCUUUUUCAUCUUGUUAUUCUCGUUGAACUUUUCUUGUUGUUCAAAAAAUGUAUUUACAUCUUCAUUGCUAACAAAAAAAAUCUUGCAAUGACCAUUACUCCAAACAACAAACAAACCAAGUUCAUUUAGCAAAGUUUAAAAAAUUGGGAAUCGUAACGUCGUUGCUCAAUAUCACCAUUCGUGUUUAAAUACAAAAGAUACGUCACUCGGCUCUAGGACGUGUUGGUCGUAUUGAGUGAGUAAGUUCUCGGUAAAACAUUUCCGUCCAUGUCAUAUGACGGCAAGGGAGGAUAAAACUAUACUCCAGCUAAAUACAAACAACAUUGCAUACGAACUCGACAUUCAUCCAAUUAGACAAGUUGUAGUGUUUCGAACCAUUUAAUUGAUGAUAUCGUUCUCUGCUAUUGAGAAGACGAUCUUCUUUAUGGCUUUGAUGGCAUUAGAAGGCUUACGAUCUUUUUUUUUUUUUUAAAGUUUGAGAAUCUGAUGAGUGACGUGGGAGGGCAGCUAGGUCUUUGGAUCGGUGUGUCCUUCAUCACGGUGGCCGAAGUGAUUAAACUGCUCCUGGACAUGAUCAGGGUGCUGGCUCGUAAAUUUUACCUCACAGACGGAGAAGUUCGAGAUAUCCAUGAAAUGAAGUGAGGAUCGUUCCUCAAAGUGCUUAAGUAAAUUUUAUAUUAUCAAAAUACGUUCUGCAAGGAAACCACUUAGGCUUCAUGAGGAUCUCCCAAGAUCUAAAUGUUAACUCUCCUUACUAUCUACUACACAUAUUUUAUAAUUAUUAGGUCUAACAAUCUGGUAGUUAAUCAAAAAGCAUCCAUAACUUGGUGUCAGUUUCAUCUUCUCCGCAUUUUUCUGCUGAACAAUAUAAUUUGGUUUUAUCGACUGAGUUCAAAAUGUAAAUGAGCCACCGUAAAGAGUUUCAAAGUUGAC